AUGAAACUCAAGGGCCGUGAAAGCAAUGCUUGGCACAAAAAUAUCAAUGUAGCUGCGGGCCCGGGGAAACCCACUGACGUGGACUUCCCUUGGAUCAAACUGCGGAACCAUACAGGAUAUUAUUUGAAGAAGAAAGGUUUCUUGUCACAAUGUCAGACCGAUGAGCGUCUACUUGACCUCAUACGCAACCACUCGUCCAAGGGAGUCGCGAUUGCAGCUUGUGCUCACCAUAUAACCACGCGAGCUCUCAGGAACUUGGUCGUCAACGAUUUGAAAGUCGAGCCCAAUGGCGCCUUCGGACUCCACGAAUACUCACAGGCUAUCGUGGCCACCAACCACGCGAACCCUGAAGCCGUCAGCGAUAUUGAGGCACAAUGGGCCCGUUACCUAUCAGAGAACCCUGCCCAUAGCGGCUCUUCACGUACGUUAGGUCAGCAGCUUCAAGAUAUGCUACCUCUUUUACUAGACCAAGUGGCUUCUGGUCUGUUGCUUCAAACUGAGACCAAUAGCCUCGCAUGCAGAGUGUGUCUGGGCUUUGCAACGCAGCUUGAGGUGUUAAGGCACAGGAAUCGAUGGGAGGACGCCUAUGUAGCAGCUGGAUGGCUGUCAACAAUUUCAUCUAGCGGCCUGCUGCUGAUACCAAACCUGGGAGCAGGUCAGUUGCUAAAUACUCAUCUUCCCACAUGGGAAGCAUGGGCCGCAUGGCGACCUAGUGUCGUUCGAUUGCACGCUUGGAAUGAUUAUGCUGUUCGUGCUCCUUUGUCCCUGGGAGACCUACUUGCAUUGGAGGGACCGGACUUUGCGAGUAUGAUAGGUAGUGCACAAGCCUCAUUACGAAAUGGGCUGAUUGCGCAGGGCAUUGGUGGUUCGCAGACGACACUACACUGGGGGAAUUCACACGUACGUUUCGGAAGGAAUCCAUUCAUAGAUUCUGGAAAUUUGAAUGGCAUUCUUGACCGAUUGACGAGUGUGGUAGAUUUUGCAUGUUCAGCCGGUGGUGACUAUACAGCUUUGCUUGUACAUCUCUGUGUCGGCAAAACCAUCACCCACGAAAACCUUCAGAUCCUGGAGGAGACUCGGCUUCUCGACAAGCCACCUCUUACCAGGGUCAUCCUACAAGCGUUCACGCUUCCCAGCCAGUACUUCGUCUCAGGAAUCGAGGAAAUUAUAGAGCUCUUGCUUGCCUUGCGUGAUCCUCGCCUUGAUGGGUUGCGUGAACGGAUUAAGGGGUACCCAUUUGAUUGGAUUGCAAAUUACGUGAGAAAACUACAAAAUACAUUUCUUCAACAAAUAGAUGCCGAAAAUGGGUGGAAAGACAGUGCUAGGGAGCUCCUAACCUUCUACUACAGGUUGCAGGAGCAGACCUGGCUGGUGGCUGAGUUUGAUCACUCCGCCCAAGACUUGAUUGCCUCCAGGCCUCCUUGGGUGACGAUUGAGACCCUUGGCGUCAUACGCAAUUCUAUCUGGAGCGUGACGUCUUCGGCGGCAACUCCUCUAAGGAGCCAAGUAGAUGCCUACUGCAGGGCUUUGCUCGUGCCCGGUUGGACAGUUUCACCUCAUGUCCGCGGACUAGUUGAAGCUCUUAUUGAUCUGUGGAAGCAGAAUCGAGAUGAGAAACGCCUCGAGCUUGCUCUUCUGGUUGCAGAUUUCCCCAAUACUAGCUGUCAAUUUCGAUGUGACUGCUUAGGAGAUUUAACAACUCUUUCUUAUCCUCUGGUCAUCAGCACGCUGAGAGUACUCAAGUUUCCCAAUGGAGACCCUGAUACUGGGGUGUUUACACUCAUUAGGCUGAUGGCAUCGGAAAAUAUGCUAAGCGCUCUGGAACGAUGGCGCCAGAUACUUUUAGUUGUAAUCGAACAACAGCACGAAACGCUUCUCCGCCACGCUGUAACAAAUUUGGGCGCCGAGAUGUGGCUCGAGCUGCUAAAUUGCAUUAGAGCCAUAUACAAGGGAUCCGAGGUAAUCAAAGAACGCGACUCCCCCAAACUUUUGAGUCUCGAGGUCCACGGAUGGUCUCAACAAAUGGCCGUUUAUCUCCCUACCCUGACGCGCUUACAGAGUGUGCUAAAGUGCGGACCCGCAAUGGAGGUGCUGUUGUUGGGUCUCUCUGCUCCGAAGAACAGCCAGCUUCUUCGAGUGCUCAAUUUCGUCAAAGACAGUGAAUUUAGCCAUCACGGAAGAUUGGUGGAUAUCAUCAUCGCAUGCCUUCACAGCGGAAACGCUGAAGAUGUUGAGGACGUACUGUCAGCCAUACGUCAAACGAGUUCCAGAGGGGCUGAGGCGUGUUUGAGGGUGCUUGGCUCUCGGCAUCAUGAAUCUCCACGAUUCGUGGAAAUCGUUUUGGCGAGUGAAUUGCGAGCCGGUGACCAUUCGCAACAAGAUCGUCUCGCUCUUACGAGAGUUGCUAGCCUAUUUGGAAUCAGUCUCAACAUAGAAAGACACCCCUCUCAUCUAACGGAGGUGGCCGAUACUCUUCACAAGCAGUAUCUGCAAUUGAUGACCGAAGCCCAACGCCUAGAGAACCUGCGGCUAUCUCUGCGAGCUGUUUGCCCUCGAGAUGUUUCGAAAUUGCUUGCGAAGCUCCGCAUCGAAGCUUCUACUAUCGUAGCCGAUACUCUUGCCAGUCUUCCUCAGUCGCUUGGCUCUCUAGUCGAGGAGGUCUCCGAGAACGAAAUCGAGCUCCGGUUUCCAGCGGCCGGUUUGACCAGAAUGCAACGAUUGGGGAUAGGUGCAGGCGAUGCUGAGGAUUUCUUGAUACGUCUCACCCUUCGCCAUGAUGGCGUACCAAUCAAGUUCUGCGUACAUCUCUCCGGCGAGUCCAGCGAUCAAAUGAAUUCGGAGGUCACCUCCAAAAGAGACGGUCACACUGCUUGGGAGGUUUUCAAGGCUGAUGAACCACCUCAUAAACAGUAUUGCCGCGGUCGACCCAAUCGUGGCAUCUAUCAACUUUCUCGAAUGCUGUGGCAUCACCUACGUCGCAAUUUUAAAUCUCUGCAGCAGACCCAUGCUCACAUCGCUCUGAAAGUCUCGAGGCUUGGACAAGGCUGUUUGGUAUGUGGUCUCGGCCAACGUUGCUUACGGCGCGGUACAACUUGCUCAUUGCAAUCUUGUAAAUCCACUUUCUCUGAAGCAGACGAUGAGAUUCAACUAGUGGAGAUCUGGCAGGAUCCUCCCGUGAUGGACCUGCUCCUAACCAUGAUUUGCGCGGCGGCGUUGACAGGAAAACCUGAGCUCUUAGGAAACUUGUCAGCCAGCAACGCUACGACAGUCCUCGGCAUUCUUGACGCCCUUCCACCCAUAUCCACUCUCGCAAAACACCUCAAGCAUUGUCUCAAUGUCUUCGGAGACAGCUUCCACCUAGCUCAAGCUCUCCUCGGCUACUGCAACCCAUCUUCCAAGUCCACCUCACUUGCAUGUUGGCUUCGCUGGGCUUGCAAUUCGUAUCGUGGUUUCCUUGUCUCUGCUCCGAGACAGCAGCGGAUUCCCUCUUUUGGUAUUCACCAAUUUCUCCUUGUGAAUGCGGCCCCAGAUCUCGAGAUCGCCUUCUCCCGGCAUAUGCCGGCUCCGGAAUCAACAUCUCAGAUUCUCUUUCACGGCACCUCCCUUGACCGCCUACAUGCCAUCGUCUGUCAAGGCCUGCGUGCACAGAGCGGCACCUCACUGCAACGGAAUGGUGCCUUAUAUGGACCUGGCAUAUAUAUGGCUGAUGAGCCCCGCGUGGCAUGGAGUUACGCAACGACUUCAAAAGGAGGAUGGAAGUCAACUAAAUUAAAGAAUUUAAGAGUAUUAUUAGGAUGCGAAUUAGCAGGGCAAAAACCCCCUAGACAAGGCAGUGGGAUCUAUGUCAUUACUGAUGCAACGAGGUUAGCGGUGAGAUAUAUCUUUCUGUUGGAAAAUGAUGCGCAAAUGCCGGCCGCGAAGAACGCUGAUUUGCGCCUCGAUAGUCGAACGGCGCAGAUUGAACAGAAAAUCGAUGGUUUGGUUGCACUCCUUGCGCAGCCAGAGAAUGCAAGAGAAAGUCUUCAGUCCAGGCGAUCAUCUUCCGUUCCCGGCCAACCGCACCAUGAGAUGGAGCAGAAGACUGGCUUGUCAACCAGUGCGUCUGCUAAUGCGGAAAGUCGUCAGAGGGAGCGGGAGUCUGAAAGUGCUCAUAAUGACUCUUCGCCGUUCGCUCAGCAUCAUAUUGUACCUCGGGAAUCCUAUGAGAGGGGUGUGUAUCCACCUGAGCAACGUAUAGUCCCAUCAGCGAAUAGCCCGACGGCACGAGUGGCGACUGUCAAUGAACGAGCACCUGCAUAUAGUUCGGAUAAGGACCUGGUUGAUAUAAUGUGUGCCGAAUCCUUAUUGAACGAUUUUCGGCCCAUGUCAGACCUCUUUCCAUUCGUUGUCAUAUCUCAUGGUCUCACCGCCCAGACAUUGAGAUCGGAGAAGCCUAUGCUCUUUCUCGCUAUCUUGGUAACAGCUUCUGGAAAGCGCCGAUCGCUGCAAAUCACUCUUGAAGAACAAUAUCGAAAUGAGCUUGCUACCAAUACCAUUGUCAAUGCUCAGAGAAGCCUCGAUUGUUUGCAAAGUAUCCUGAUCUACUUGGCGUGGUGGGUUUCCUUCUUUCCAGAAAGUCAAAGUUUUUGUGGCUCAACGCUUUUGCUGAAAGUAGGGAACAGGUACCAUCAGCAUUUUAAACCCCAAGCUCAGCAGAUAUAUCAAUUGCUCCAACUAGCCAUCAGCAUGGCGAUCGACUUAGGAAUUAGUCACAAGCCUGACAAACCAGUAAUGGAUAUUUCCGCCGGUAACAAAACUGCAUCAGUGUCUCCAAACGAAGAGCGAGAAGGUCAAAGAGCGUUUCUGGGUUGCUACUACUUAUCUGUAGCAUUUUCUGUGGCGCUGAGUCGACCAAAUAUGUUGAGGUACUCCAAUUACAUGGCAGAUUGUUGCAAGCGGCUCGAAGCAGACCAAGAAUUUCCAUCUGAUAAUAUAUUGCUACACAUGAUCAAACUGUACCACAUUGGGGACCAGAUUCAUGCAGCCUUCCGAUCAGAAGAUGCCGGCGCCGUACAUGCCGACCACAUGCAUGCCGACCACACUCGAUCACGGAUGCUCCUACAAAUGUUCGCCUUGCAACUGAAAGAGUGGAAGAGACAUUUGCCGUCUGAUACAAGACGAAGUGCAGCGAUGGAUCUGUCUUACGCUUUUGUAGACAUGGAACUCCACAGUGUCGGCAUCCGAAUGGGUGCCAGCCCGGCAAGCAGUAUACUUCCAUCCAACACGCCACCAGCCAACAGGUACCGCUUUGACCUGCUCCUCUCCUGUCUCGAAGCAGGCAAAGCCUACCUGGACACCCUCCUCGCCACGCCGAUCUCACAUUACAGUCUCUUUUCCUUCAUCGAAUGGAUGCGCCUACCUUACGUCCUCAUCAUAGUCUCCAAGCUCUCAUUCCCCAGCGACAGCUACGCCGAUACCCACUGGGACAUCCGCACCGCUCAAGAACAAGUCCGUCUGGACCUUUACCUCGAGUCGCUGUGCUACCGCAUGUCAUCGAUCACGACCUUCAACGCCGCAAGCCAGCCACUCCCGGACUUCUUCCUCUCUCUGAGAAUGAUCCUCGAGCGCACCCGGCACUGGUACGUGCGUAAAACGCGCGUCGCCAGCGUCGGCGAUGCUGCAAACACAGCUGCAACCGGCGAUCUAGCUGACGAAGACUCCCCUCUCGAGGUCAUCCGGGAUCCGCAUGAGGGAACCACUACCGGCGCACCCACACAGCAUCACUCCCCUGCCGAGCAGACGAGCGAGCCCCCCGGAAAGCCAGCGCCUGUGCCUACAGCAGGUAUGAGCGAGGCGACUCAGGCCCAAGUUGAGGCUACCCAGUUCCCCGCCAUGGCUGGUUUCGAGGAAAUGGACGACUUUAUGGGCAAUAUUGACGACACAUUCUGGACGUCCAGGCUCUUUGACCCGGCCAUCUUUCCGGAAUUUGAGCUCUCUUCCUGA